AUGACGACUGCAUCAGCAAGUGUGUUUCUGAUGCGUGCUAUGCAGAAGUCUAUGCGGAAGAUCCUUUGGAACCAGGUGAAGUGGAUCGGGUCAGGCAGACGAGAUUCAACACCUGUGUUCGGAAAGAGCAUGAUGAUGAGACGAAGCGGCUUGUGGAGGAACGAAAAGCUGCCAAGGCUGCCCGGUGACCCCGUGGGUUUCGACAUCGCUCGCAGAUCACCCGCCGGUCAACUUGCAGAAAUGUGCGAGCAGAUCGGGGCCGGCACUGGAGCAAAAUGA